AGAGUGUUAUAAGCUAAUGUACUCUCAAGUGCUGGUCCCAGCCCAAAGGAAGGGCAUCCGCGCGUAAUAGUCAAAAUACGCGGAUCUAUUUGCUGUGGCGAUCCCUUGGGAAAUAAGCGAGCAGGCGAAAGUACCUUCUUUCUGUUGCUAUGCCAGGGUAAACACUAGAUACCGGUACUUGGUCCCACGAAGAUUUCUCCGGGCAGAUCGUACCCCCCUUUGCAGUGAAAAUGCCAGCCGUGAUCCGUGAUAAAGAGGACUCUGAAUCCUCCUCAGAAGACGAGCAAGAAGACCAUCCCUGCAUCUCAUGGGGCAGCCUUAGCAAGACCAUCCCGAUUCUCCUGUUUUUCCCUGAAGCUGUUGUUUCAAAAGAUGGAAGCAUAUCUUCUGUUGGAGAACGAUAUAAUAUGGCCUUCAAGAUUGUGCGCACAGAGAGCCGCCUGGUACGAGAAAUACUCACCAAUCACGGAUUCCAUGAGGUUCACCCAAACAGCAAUGACUUCAACCUCAUGUGGACAGGGUCUCACCUCAAGCCUUACGUACUACGCAGCCUUCAAGACUUCCAGAAGGUCAACCACUUUCCCAGAUCGCACGAACUGACACGCAAAGACCGUCUCUAUAAAAACAUCCAGCGAAUGCAACAGACUCAUGGCUUCAAAAACUUCCACAUUGUUCCUCAGACCUUUGUGCUUCCCGCCGAGUACCAGGAAUUCUGCAAUUGCUUUGCCAAGGACAAGGGCCCGUGGAUAAUUAAACCAGUAGCAUCUUCAAGAGGACGAGGUAUCUACUUGGUUAGCAAUCCAAAUCAGAUUUCCAUGACUGAAAACAUUUUGGUGUCUCGCUAUAUUAAUAACCCGCUACUCAUUGAUGGGUUCAAGUUUGACGUUCGUUUGUACGUGUUGGUAACGUCUUACGAUCCUCUCCUCAUCUAUGUGUAUGAGGAAGGCUUGGCUAGAUUUGCCACAGUUAAGUAUGACAGGACUUCAAAGAACAUCAAGAACACAUUCAUGCACCUCACCAACUACAGCGUGAACAAAAAGAGCAGCGAUUAUGUCAGUUGCGAUGACCCCGAAGUUGAGGAUUAUGGGAACAAAUGGAGUAUGAGUGCAGUGCUGAGGUAUUUGAAGCAGGAGGGGAAGGACACCACAUCGCUGAUGAAGCAAGUUGAGGACCUCAUCGUCAAAGCUGUACUGAGCGCUGAGCUACAGAUAGCCACCGCCUGCAAGACAUUUGUUCCUCACAAGACAAACUGCUUUGAACUGUAUGGUUUUGAUGUGCUCAUUGACUCCAACCUCAAACCCUGGUUGUUAGAGGUGAACCUUUCUCCCUCCCUAGCCUGUGAUGCUCCCUUGGAUUUAAAGAUAAAGGCCAGCAUGAUUGCAGACAUGUUUUCACUUGUGGGCUUUGUGUGUCAGGACCCCCUGUCGAGACAGCCUCGCUCUGACCAAAGAACACAGAAACUUUUUUCUGCACAUCCAGCCACUACACACAGCAGAGUGCGACAGAGGCCGACGUCAACCAACAUCUCAGAAACCGAGGAUCUUAAGGACAAGCGAGGAGCUAAGCAUGGCCAAGGAGACAGCACUCUGAACCUAACUGUUGAGGAGAUCAGAGUGCUGCGGAGCAUAAAGGAAGAGUAUGAAAGACGAGGAGGUUUCAUUAGGAUCUUCCCCACCGCGGAUACAUGGGAGCUCUAUGGAGGAUAUCUUGAGUCCAAGACAUCAAUGAACUUCGUGUUGGCAAACAGACUUUUCCAUGGAAGGAAUGUGAAUGGGAAUGUGCAGCUGCAGGUGGACGUGGUCCAUGGCUGUCACGUUGUCCAGUAUGAGAGGAAGCUGCUGUCUCUGGAGGCACGAAAGAGGAGACAGCGCCACCUGACUCAUGGCUCUGCUGCAAGGAAGAAAAAAUCGGGGAAGGAAUCCAAGGCCUCCCUGACUGAGAACAGCAGUCAGGAGGGAGAGGAGUGUGCUCAGGAGGAGGUGAAACAAGCUCUUGAGCCAGUUUCACACAAGGCUUUGGUAGCAGAGCAAAGAAAACAAGUGGCCACACCACUGGAGCGAUGCCACAGUAAGGCUCAGUCCAGCUCAGAGGCAGCCGUGCACAAUGCCAGCCCUACAGUCAACCUGCUCAACAUCCUUCAACAGGGCUGGGAACUCAGCAAAGUGCAGGCUCGUAUUGCUUUCUCCUCUUACCUGCAGCGAGUCCAGCAAAGACUGUUAGCAGAAAGCAGAGACAACACCAUCUCAGCUUGGCCCGACAAUGGCAACGAUCAAAUGGAGCUCGUGAUUUGCUUUCUGAGAAAAGCAGCCAGUAACCUUCAACAAAACAUAAAGGUAGUCUUGCCCAGUCGGCAGUUACCACUCCAAGACCGCAGACGCAUCCUGUCCCAUCAGUUAGGGGAGUUUAUCCACUGUUAUAACAAGGAAACUGAACAUAUGGUGAAAAAACAGGAGAUUAGUAAAGAGGAGCGUUGUGUUAAUCCUAAAGUGUUUCAAGAGUACAUCAGUGCAGCCAGUGAAAACGACCUGGAGGAAGUACUGACAUUCUACACGCAGAAAAAUAAAUCGGCCACCGUCUUCCUAGGAACAAAAGUCAGAGGCAUUAAGAAAGAUGUUCGUGAAGCAAAUGCCUCAAGAGAUUCAGGAAACUGUGAUAAUUCUAAAUCUUUGGCCGUGGAAGCGGAUUCAGAGUUGUCGCUCCUAACAGGGAAAGUCAGCUCCGACUCAGACAAUAAGGCCACUGAUGGUCAGCCUUCUUUUUGUUUGCUGCCUGAAGACAUACGGGCUGAAGUAAGAAUGGUUAAAACCCAGCCAGAAGUCCAGUCGUCUCAACACCGCUCCAGUUUUCCUGUGACCUUGGACUGCGUGCACAAUCAUGUGCAGCACUGCUCUCCUGCAUCCCUGCCUCUUCACUGUCCACCGCCGCCUCCACCUCCUCAGCCACCAUCUUAUGCACAGUCCUUGGCAAAGUCUCACCUCUGCCAUUCUGAGAGUAUUUCUGACCCUCCCGCAUACACCUCUGCCCAUGUGGUCACACAACCUCCAAGGGUCCUGUGGACGGCUGCGCCCACGGGCUCAAAUGCGGCGACUACAGGGCCAUCGACACAGGUGCUCAGAAGAAUUCAGUCCUUUACCUCAUCCAUGGCUGGCUCUGCAGCGGCCUCGUCCGUUCCAAGUGCCACACACAUCUAUAGCCAGAAGCUCUCUAGACCCACAUCUGCAGGCCAAGUGAUCAGGAGGAGCACUUCCAGUAAGCUCAAGUCAAACUCAGUGGGAGCUUUCAGGGAGUUGAGCACUCUGACCGCCCAGGCCCAGUCCAACCAGCAGGCCUUCAUCUCAGCCCUGCAGAAACUGGCAGACAAGCAGGUUGCUCACCACUAUGCCAGCUCCAGUCACAUCAACCUGCUGACACAACAUUUGACCAACCUGAACCUGGCGAACAAGAUGCUGAGCAGAGAGAGCUUCACACUGAACCCUAAAGCUGCUACAAUCCAAGGACCAGUGAGAGCUGUUCACCCUGAAACAGAUCUACCGAACAGCACUGGCCACAGGCCGCUAAAGGAAGAGGACUGGCAGAUGCACAAUGACUACAGCCUGGUGAGAGGGGUGACACCCAAGCAGCACUACCAGCCCACCCAAGGGAGCUACCAGCUUCAGUUUGCUAUUCAGCAGUUGCAGCAACAGAGACUUAAGGCUCAUCAUCAAUUUCUGGACCAGACCCGCUGCGGACAUCAGGCUCAAUUUCCAGACCAGACACCACAUAGCCAGGCUCUCACAAAAUCAUCCAGCUGCCCUCCUUCCAGCUUUCACACUCUGCCCAAUCAAAGCCAUGGCCUAAGCCAUGUCCAGACCUGUGUUAGCCCAGCUCUUGCUCCAAAGCCACCCAGCGGUGCCCGAGAGGGACAAGUCAGGAGAACGACUGCAAAGCGUCUCGUCAAGCAGAUGUCCUCAGAGAGUUCAGCCAGUGGAACCGUUGCCAGCAGCAAGCAGGUGGUCUACGAGGCCAUCUGCAGUAAAACAGGUCUUUCUGCAUACCGCAAGCUGUUCCAGGAUCAGGAGCCCACUCACAGAUGACACGAAGGCGACCAGAGGCACGUCCUGCCACUCUGCAGGCCUGACAGGUGUCUCUGCAUGUAACUGCAUCUCACAGAGGUUUAUUCUGGGACGGGACAACAGAUAAAAGUAUGCCACACAUCGAACAGGGUCCUAUUAAUUUCUCAAUGAUACAGCCACAGACAUGCAAGAGGAUAGUGUGCCAGGCCAAAAAUGCCCGGCUUUGACGCAGGUCGGGAUUUUGUUGCGCAGCUCCACCCCCUCCCCUCAUCGCCCUUGGCUACAAUCAGUCCGUAUCCCACAGUGCCCGCCCUCAUUCUCUCCAUGCUGUUGAUGCCACAGGAAGAUUUCACUGACAGAUAGCCUUCAGCAGAUGGUUCUUCAAGCCCUGUUGGUAUUUUAACUACAGGAUUCGUUGUUUUAUUCUGUGCUCAGGCAGUAGCAUGUCCACCACAACCAUGCGUGCACAUUUUUCUUCUUUUCUCUUUUUCUUUUCUUUUUUUAAACACAGGUGAUAUGCGGGUUUUGGUAAUGAGAGACCUCUGUUAAGUUUUUGACAAGCAUUGUUCAGCCCGCAUGAGCAACUUCUCAUUUUACAGUCAUGAAUGAUAAGUGUGCAGAGAAGUUCUUUUCAUGUGUGGCUUUCCAGCGUUAGACACUCCUGACUCCCACUCCUCGCUGGAAGCCACACAGUUGCCAAAUCUGACUCCUCUGCCUUUUCGCCCUGAGGACAUGUUAAGCAUAGCACCCUUUUUCUUGUGGGCCUGAUAAUAAAAUGUGAUUAAUGUUGUUCCCUUGUUUGUAUCUACAAAGAUGACCCAACAGGGAUGUUCAGGUUUCAUGUAAAGAAUGCAGUCGGCUUGUGAUUAUUCCUGUAAACUGUUGAGAUGCUGAUAUUGUUUUUCUGGAUGGACCAAAUUCAUUAUUUUUGAUUAAAAAAUAAAUAAAUUAUUGUCAUUACAUCAGUAUUUAUUUACUGUACAUUGUCCAGCGUAACCUUUUUGGCCCAUUUCUGUAGCUCAAAGCCUAAAAUAAAAAGGAAAAGAUCUAUAAUGAAGGUCGAUGCUGCACCAGGAGACCAGUAUCCUCACAGAUAUUCUGUGGCUUGGGACCAUAUAGUGAGUUCACUCAGGGGUGUGUUUAUUUAAAAAAAAGAAGAUGUGAGGUAGUGGUCAGCAGUUUUACCAUGUGUUUAUAAUAACUUUGGCUGAAAUACUUGAAUUUUGUGCAUGAUUUUCUCACAUCAGCUGAUGACUAUCACCUGGGUGAGUGUGCACAGAUUGUAGUUUUCAAUGCAGUACAACAGGUCAACUGUUUUAACAUGUAACUUGACGGUGAAUGUUUUUGUAACAUGUGCUCUUUGACGUCAUGUUGUGAAGUCCGACCUAUUAAAGCCAGAACUCCCAAAAGCAAGAUCCAAAUCAGUGUGUGUAAUGUAAUGUGGUGACAGCGUUGUUUACAAUGUAAAGAAAAGAAAACUGAGACGAAAAACAACUCCUUUCCUCUAAUAGUAAAUAUUUAUGUUUUAUUAAUACAUUUAACAGUAAUUUGCUCAUACAGGUGUCCCCUCUUGGAUUUUCCCUUUAUAGCUAAUGUCUCUCCUAUUCAAUUCCCAUAUUAAGAAAAAUACAAAGAGGCCACUAGGAUGAGUAAAUCACUGUAUGGGAUGUGAGUUUUUGAGACAUGCUUAGAAAACAUAAACAUUUACUACAGGUGUUUUUUCUUUGUUUAUUUUCCAUAUGGGCUGUACCAUGUUAUAAUCUCUUUGACUGUUUACAAUAUGCAUGGAAAUGUAGUAUUUUUGGGACCAGUGAGGCUGUUUGUAGCAAACAAAAUUGAAAUGAAUACUUGGAAAGCAUUAAAAAACACGAUGACUGUGACUCUAA